CGAUUGGUCACUCGGAAUAUCCAAGCCUGUUCAGAAGAUCGUAAGCUUUGUAUGGAAAGCAAUGAGCACUUUAGAAUCGUCCGAGAAGCGCGAAAGCGCGAGACAUUUAAAAUUGUUGGGUAUACAACUUUCGUUAAUGAGAGAUUCCUUGUUCGACGCAUUUGACUUACUCGUAUACGAAUAAAAACUUAUAUAUCUCUGAUGUAAAAUCAUGUAAAGUCAAGUGGACGAUUGACAAUCGUAUUGAUUAUCAUCGCGUGAUGACCAUUAGCCAUCAGCUGGCAGUUUCAUAGUAGCCUCUGCUCGUUUCUGCUAGACUGUCAUUUGUUCAACACCGAAUCUCGAAAGAACGUUCCUUGUUAAAACUUGUACGAAUUCUCGUACCUGCGAAAAUAUAGUAACGACCGUAAUCAAAAUGUAGUAACUGCUGUAUAAAGUCAUCCGAACGUACAACUUGGGGGAUCGAAACAGAGACUUACAAAAUGAUGCACUACACACCUUAUCAUCAAGCAAUACUGGACAUCCUCCGGUCUUAUCCGCCGUAUACAAACGCCGUGCCACCAUAUCAUCUCAAUAAUCAUGAGAAUCACGCAACAGAAGAGGAGAGCGAGCAAACAGGAGACGAGAUGCACGACACGAUGACAUCGGCGACAUCAGGGGAUCGUAGCUCCAGCGCCGAUAUAUUCCGAUUAGAAUUCGCUGCCGCACAGUGGUCGAAAUUGGUUUCGAACGCUGAAGGCCUUUUCACUAAACUAAUGACGAGCAACAUUCUCCCUCACACAGAACAGGACCAGAUCGAGCAGUGGCUUUGCAUGAAACAAGAGUACGAGGAGUGCAUCGCCAGCGACGAUACUGCCAGUUUGCAAGGGUACGCUGAGAACGCGAGGAGAUCGUUGGAAAGGAUCGAGGAGGUGACUGAGACCGACGAGAAGACGGACGAGUCUGGCCACCAGAUCGAGAGGAAGAUCGACAUGAACUGCACGUCCAGUUCUGAGAGCGAACUGUCUGAGACAAAUGACGACGAGGAUGAAGAGGAGGAGGAGGAAGAUCACAGCGAUAUCAGUUCGGAGAAUCCGGAUUUCUUAGAGAAACUGGAUGAGCAUAUGAAUAAAUUGAAAAUAGACACGGACAGAAUAGUCGAUUCGAAGAAGGAUGAGUUCAGAGAAACGAGUGUUGAGAUUGUUCCAGCUGUAACGAGAUCGAUGAACAUCAAUAACAAUCAUGUCCCUGUCGUUAGACCGACUCCGCUUAGAAAUCCAAAUUCUAGGAGGAAUUCGAUGUUACCUGGCUCCGAGAUGUGUAACGAAGUAUUAGCUUUUAACGAUAGUCUUAAGCCUUACCAGAAUCAAAUACUCGAUAAUAAAGCAUUUACUAGUAUAAUUAACUUAGACAAUCAUAAAGAGGCGAACGAACUUAAUGAAAACGUUGAUAAUCAUAAUGAUAAUUCGCCGGAUUUAUUGAUCGACGCUUUAAAGACAUCGGACGUGCCGGAACCCAUCAGGGAAUUGAAAACGUUGGCGUUGAACAACGAGGCGAAGCAGAGUCAGGUGAAGAAGAUUCAGUCAGAUUUGGACGGUGCUCAUAAACGUAUAGAAGAAUUGCAGACGACGAUCAAAAUAAAGGAGAAGUUCAUCGCGGACAUGAUCAAGAAUUCGGACGCGCGGGCCAGCGCGAAACAGAAGUUUCAACGGAAGUGGAGUAAAUUAGAAGAGGAGUAUUAUAACACGAGGAGCCAGCUGGCUCAGGCGGAGAACGCUUCUAUGUACAAAGACACGGAGGAAAAACCUGCUCAUAAAAAGGAGAUCGAGUUGUAUAAGAAUAUGGCUAUACAUUACGAGAAGAGGUUGAUAGACAUCGAGAUGAUAAAACAGAUCGCCGGUGAUUCCGCUAAGAAGGUGUUGGAACUCGAGAGUUCGUUGAACACGUCCAAGAAGCAAAUGGAGAAGCUGAAGAAACAAUUAAAGAAGGAAGAGGAUCGUAAGAGACAGUUGGAAGAUGAACUGGCGGAGGACCAGAAGAAAAUACGCGAGCUCGAGGAAAAGUAUAAUCUGACCGCAUCGAAGUUGAAGGAGAUGCAGUCGGAGAGCGAGGACGAAAGGAACAAUCCGAAGCCGAAGGCAGAUUAUACCGAUAAGAAGAAGAAUCUGUUGGACGUUAGCGCGAGAAUAUCGCACCUCGAUCAUGUAUUGAAAGAAAAAUCGAUGGACCUGGAACGGACGGCAGAUAUAGACGAGAAGGAAGCUCUGCGUCACGAGAUCCGGAACCUGCGACGCACGAGGGACUGUUUAGUAGACGAGAAGUGCGAUUUGGACGAGAAAUUCCAGAAAGAGAAGACGUUGUCUACUGUAGAGGAAAGGAAACUGCUGGAAUGUGGAGAAACUAUUGAAGCGAUUGACGCUAUGAUUGAGCAUAAGAACGAGAUGAUCUGCGGUCGUAAAGGAUUCGACGAGAAUCAAUCGCAGCGCGAAAAGGGCGAGAGGAUGUUAAUGGAAAGACUGGCGAAGCUCUCGGACGGCGAGAUGAGAACCUUGUUUUAUAAAUAUUUCCUGAAGGUGAUCGAUUUGAAGGAGAGCUCGAAGAAUUUGGAAGUUCAGACGGCCGAAUUGGAGAAUCAUAUCGAAACACAAGAAUGGCAGAUACAAACGUUGACGAACGCUCUGAAACAGACGAAACUAGAAGCCGAGAGGAGGAUAGUUCUGAUGCAGCGGGAACACGAGGAGAAAUUGCAUCUUAUGUUCAGACAUUUCGCGGAAGAGACGAGCAGCUCGGGCCACGAGAGAUUGGACAAGGACUCCGAACUCGCGAAGUACAAACGCGAGAACAGAGCGUUGAGGAAACGAUUGGCAGACGUCGAAGCUCUUUUGAAAGGACCGACGCCGCCUCGUGCGACUAGCCCGGCCAAAGUCUCUCAGCAAGAAUUGAAACAAAUCGCACCUAGCAGUCGGCCUACAACCAAAGUAACUAGACAACGGAAUAAAUUGAUAAUACAGAAAACUAGCGACUAUGACAAGAAGAAAAAGUGAACUUCUUAAAAUGAUCUUGUUUUCAUUUUUGUACAGUAUCUAGAUUUAAUUAAUUUAUAUCAGUUCUAGUGUACUGACCCGGUAUCAUUUCACAUCUCGAAAAAUACUCAGAUCAUUUUAUUUCAUUCGACUACUGAUCGGUAUUAAAUAUAAUAAUUGUAAGACGGCGGAUGUUGCAAUCAACGUUACGUAUACUUAUCGAACCGAGGACAUUGAAUCUCAAUCAAAACAUUGUUUGCAUGCGUAUACUUAAAAGUAUUAUUAAGAUAAGUGUUCCCGAGAAAUGAAUCCGAAUUCUUAACAAUCAUUUUAAUACUCGCUAUACUUGAAUAUCAUAUGAACAUUUGAUGGCACCUUACGAUACUUACAAUUAGUAGUGUGAAAGCAUGAUAUUAAAUAAUUAGUACAAGCGCAUACUCAUUCACUUCUCGUACGUAAUUUAUUACAAUUUUGUAAAUAUACUCAUAACAUAUUUUACCAUGGUCUGCAAACCUUCCAUGGGGAGAUAAAAAUAAGUAGCCAAUUAUUAGCCUUCGUGACUGCAUCAUUUGUUCCCUUUUAAAACUGAAGUUCGAUGUUCGUCACGUGUUUACAAAAUUAUGUCAAAUAUAUGAUCGAUUAUCAAAAAUAAAA